UUUUGGGGGGGUCUCAAUCCCGACAGAGGGGUCCCAACCUUGUCCCCUGGGAGGAGGGGAACCCCAAAAAGAAGCAAACCCCCAGAACAGGAAGAGAGGAACCCCAAGGGCAGGAAAAACCCCAUAAAGGCGGCGAGAAAACCCCCAAAAGGGGGGUGGGGGGGGUCCCCGAAAUGGGGUGGGGGACCCCCCCGGGGGGACAUUUGUCCCCAGGAGGUGUCCCAGCUGUCCCUGCUGCUGCCCAGCCCCGCGUGGAGCUGGCCUGGGCCAUGAAGGCGCAUCAGCACGCCCAGGUCUACUUCAACCUGAUCUCCUCCGUGGAGCCCAAAUUCCUGAAGCUCACCAAGGUGGACGAGCGGAUCUACGAGGAGUUCCGCGGCGCCUUCCGGGACCUGCGCGUCGACGUGCUGGACCCCGAGGAGCUCAAAUCCGAGGCGGCCAAGGCGAAGUGGCGCCCGUUCUGCCUGGCCUUCGAGGGCGUGGUGGAGGAUUUCAACUUCGGCACGCUGCUGCGCCUGGACUGCCGCGGGGAGUACUCGGAGGAAAACACCAUUUUCGCCACCAGGAUCCAGUUCCUGGCCAUCGAGAUCGCCCGGAACAGGGAGGGCUGCAAUGACGAGAUCCUGAAAGAAUUCAACAGAUCCUGAAAGAAUUCAACAGAUCCUGAAAGAAUUCAACAGAUCCUGAAAGAAUUCAACAGAUCCUGAAAGAAUUCAACUAAAUCCGCAAGGACUUCGGUAAAUCCUGAAAUAAUUCAAUAAAUCCUGAAAGAAUUCAAUAAAUCAUGAAACUACUUUGGUAAAUCCCGAAAGAAUUUAAUAAAUUCUGAAAGAAUUCAAUAAAUCCUGAAAGAAUUCAAUAGAUCCUGAAAGAAUUCAACAGAUCCUGCAAGGACUUCGGUAAAUCCUGAAAUAAUUCAAUAAAUCCUGAAAGAAUUCAAUAAAGCCUGAAAGAAUUCAAUAAAUCCUGAAAGAA